AUGGAGCGUCUCAAGCUAGUCCUGCAGUAUUUCCAGUCCAACUCGGAGUCCAUCUCCAACGGGAUCUGCGUGGUCCUGGCCUUGGUGAGCGUGAAGCUUUACACCAGCCUGGACUUCAACUGUCCCUGCCUUCCUCGCUACAACAAAGUCUACUCUCUCGGGGUGAUGGUGGUCCCGCCCGUCAUCCUCUUCUUCCUGGGGGUCCUGGUCAACCGACACACGGCCGUCAUGAUGGAGGAGUGGAUGAGGCCGGUCGGGAAGAGGUCCAAAAAUCCAGCUGUGGUCAAAUAUUUAUUCUCAGCCAUGAUCCAGCGGGCCUUUCUUGCACCGAUGGUGUGGAUCCUGGUCACGUUGCUGGAUGGGAAAAUAUUCAUAUGUGCCUUCAGUGUGAGCGUGGAUCCUUCACUCUUCUCAGGUUUGCCCAACAACACGGGACUGGAUGCUGUCAGAAUCAUGGCCAAAGUUCCCUGCAAGGAGGACGUCAUCUUCAGGAACAGCUCUUUCCAUAAAGCCGUUUCUCGUUACGUCCGCUGCUAUUCACAGGCCGUGGGCUGGUCCGUCCUCCUUUUCUUGAUCGUAUUGGGAGCACUGGGACGCCUCCUCAAGCCUUGUUUGGACGACCAGGCCACCUUCCUGCAGACGCGCUACUGGAGCAGCUACCUGGACGUGGAGCAGAAGCUCUUUGAUGAAACGUGCGUCCUCCAUGCUCGAGACUUUGCCCAAAAAUGUGUUGUGCAGUUCUUCCAGGACGUGAAGGAGAACAUGGACCUCUGUCUCCCGCAUCCGCACGUCAUUCAACACUUCACACAGGAGUCAGACGAGGACGAGGACGAGGCCGAGCGGCUUCAUGGAAUAACAAAGCAGGAGCAGGUGGAUCAACUUCUCCAAAAAUGGUACUUCAGCAAACCCGAACUGGACAUCACCAAAACCUACAAAUCCAGGAUGACCACAACGUGGAAGCAAGGGCGAGAGAGCUUCGUAUCUUCUAAUGUAUAGACCUCAGAAAGACGCUAAAUAUUCAAUGCAUGGUCAAAUUAUGGCUGGUCGAUGUCGACAUAAGCGUUGAAGUCAAAAAUGUCUGUUCAGUCAGCAAAUGAAGAAAGAUUCUUCAUUUAUAACCUUUGUCAAACAUUAUUAGAGCCAUCUAGACAAGAAAUAACACCCCUAUAGUCACCUUUACACUCCUAUUACCCUUAAAUAUGCCACUUUUUUAACCAAUAAUAUUC